CAGCUGGAUGGAUCUAGUGGGCAGCGUCACCCAGAUCGUCAAUAUUGCGCUCCAGAUACAUGAGCUGGUGGAGACGGUUCGCCAGAACAAGGAGGACUGCAAGAAGAUCGCAAUGCGUGUGAAAAGGCUUCGGGCUAUCGUGGAACGCCUUAACAGCACAGAUGUCUCCAGCGAGAAAAUUAUGAUCGACGCGCUCAAUGACCUCGAAGAGACGUUCCUUCAGGCCCUCAAGCUUGUCAAGGCCUGCCAGACCAGGAACAAAGUUUGGCUCUUCCUCAGGGCCGGGAACGUCUCCAAACAGCUGCGUGAGGUCAAGGACGAGAUGAUGGACCAUAUGCACAUUGCUAACUUCGGCAACUGCGCCCAGCAAACUGUCAUUAUCACUGAAGCAUUUAUUAGAGAUCCGGCAUCAAACCCAAAGAAGCUUCUCAAAGUGCUGUCGAUGCAAGGGGAGGAAGAAAUCCAUGUGGUUGGUAGCCGUUUGGUAUGCCAGGGCACAGUGAGAGGUGGAGGACGAACAUACCAGUUACCCAACGAUGUUACUAGAUCUGAAAUUCUCGCCGAAAAAGAAAGUAUUCCAGCAGGAAGCUUGGAGGAUACUGUAUCACACUUCAGAAAUUUCAGUUCGUCUGUACUGAAGGCGCUUACAAAAAACUUUUCAAAUCAACACGUGAUUGGCAAAGGUGGUUCUGCUAUCGUUUACAAGGGUGUAUUACCCAAUGGAGAAGAGGUUGCCAUCAAGAAAUUCUGUGUGGAUGCUUCACAAGAUGAACAUGUAGUGCGUUAUGCUGAAGUUUUCUCGGUGUUACGUGAGCAUGAGAAUGUAGUUAAAUUUCUGGGAUAUUGCCACGAAACAAAGAUUCAAAUGGUUCCAGUCGAAGGAAGAUGUGUGGCUGCUGAAAGGCGUCAUAUGUUGGUGGUGGAAGAGUACAUGCCCAACGGAAGCUUGUCCGACAUUAUCGAUGGCAUGCUUUUUUCCAAUUAA